AUGACGCACCUCUACGUCUUGGUGGUGUUUUCUGUCAACUGUGUCUGCUUUGGAUGGAAAAAGAUGUUUGUUGGAACCUGCAAAGUCAGGUUGUCUCAGCUUAUCCAUGCUGAAUUGUGCAAGUUGGCUGAGGAGAACGUAGAGCAGAAGAAAAUGGAGCUUUUGGGAAAAGAGAUGAAGAGGAGACAAAAUGAAAAAUCUUUGCAGCUUCCUCCAGAGACAGUUGAGCCUGGGGAUGCAGCUAAAGCAAGCUUUAGCCUACCACCUACCAAUGGCACGGCUCCCAGUGUGCAGAGAAAACACCCUGGUGGUGCCAUGAAGAAAACGGUCGUGAGAGAGCAGGACAAGGUGCCCAUUCUGCCCAGUACACCCACCAUCCAUGGAGAUGGCAGCUCCUCAGUGACAUCGCAGACGGCCACUGGUGCCAAGCGCCGAGAGGAGCUGCUCCGUGGGCAUAGGCAGAAGAACAGAGCCUUUUCAGACCCACAGCAGGCCUUGCAGGAGGCUGGGAGAAAGGAAGGAACCCCGGGAUCCAGAGAGCAGGGAAGUCUCUGCCCCAGUGGCAUGACAUCGCAGACGGCCACUGGUGCCAAGCGCCGAGAGGAGCUGCUCCGUGGGCAUAGGCAGAAGCACAGAGCCUUUUCAGACCCACAGCAGGCCUUGCAGGAGGCAGUGGCCUUUCUGGGCAGCGAUGACUGGGAACUGAAGAAGAAGGGACUCUUGAACAUCACACUGCUGGCUGAGUCCCAUUCAGAAGUCCUGCUCUGUCGACUUCGUGAGAUUUGCUUGGCAGUUACCAGCGAGGUGACCAACCUCCGGUCCAAGGUGUCCUGCUCUGCAAUUGUCACUCUGGGAGAGCUCUUUGCGAUCUUGGGGAAGAACAUGGACUCUGAGGUGGAUGAGAUUGCUGCAGUCCUUCUCCACAUGUUGAGGAACUCCCCAGAGUUUAUUCAGAAGGCAGCCUGUCAGAGCCUGGGGAUGAUGGUAGAGAACGUGACUCCUGCACGAGCAAUGACCGUUCUCAUGGACAAGGGAGUCAAGAGCUGCUACAUCCCGGCGCGGAAGUGUGCGGCCGAACUCCUCCUGUCCUUGAUGGAGAAAAUGGGAGUCACGAAGCUCGCAGCCACACCCAGGGCUGAGAGGCUGGCACAGGUGGCAGGGACAUUUGCUCAGGACAGUCACAAGGACACAAGGCAUUAUGGACAGGAGAUGGUGAAGAUGUUGCUUAGUCAUCAAAAAUUUAAAAAGCUUUUGGAACAAUCUCUUUCCACGCAUGACCUGGAAGAUAUCCUGAAGAGAAUUAAGAAGAAAGGGAUGGAAAACCAGAAGGCUGAAUGCCCAUCUGUGCAGGAGCCGGUGGAGAAGAGGAGCGAUGGUGCGAAGAAGCCCCAGGCCACAUCGCCUUCUAACAAACGGUACUGAGCACUUUUGCCAGACGUGACAAAGCCCAUGACAAGCUUUACAUGCCUCUUCCUCAGGCAAAUCUUUCUGGUGGAGAUGACCAGUGCCAAAGAUUGUCUCCUUUCCCUACAAAUGCUCUAGGAUAAAAAAUGUCUAUUUCUGCAUUGUGUUGAACACCGCUUC